AUUUUGACAACACAAACAUACACCAAAAAAGAUAUCUUCAAAAUCAAAACAUUUUUUUAUUUUUUAACCAAAAAACUACACAAAAUAAAUUUCUAAUUUGAAUAAAUUCAAAGAAAACCAAAAAAAAAAAAAUCUAAAAUAUGUAUCAUCAAAUAAAAAUGAUACCAAAUUACCCACAAAGGGGAGAAACACUUGAAGUAGAAUCAGAAGACGAAGACGAUGAAUCGAAAAGGACAAUUUUCUGUGCGAAUUUAGAUCAAAGAGUCACAGAAGAGCUACUUUAUGAAGUAUUUCUUCAAGCUGGACCAAUUGAAACAGUUAGAAUACCCAAAGACAAUGGAGGGCGCCAAAAGACCUUCGGCUUCAUAACCUACAUUCACAAAUGCUCUGUUUCAUAUGCAUUAAAUCUUUUAGCUGGUCUAAGUUUAUUUAGAAAGAAUCUAACAAUCAAAACAAAAGAUCAACCAGCUCAAAGUCUUCCCAAUGAUUGUGAGCCACUUCGUAGAAGUGGUGGAAGAGAUAACUUUGCUUUGCGAGGCAAUAAUUUCAAUGGAGGUGGUAAUCCUUUCAGUCGAGAUAAAUCCCCACCAAAGCGAAUCGAAUGGGGUUCCUCCAAUAGACGAAGUGAUGAAUUGCAAAAGCAUUCAUCGCAUAAUUCUCGACCACAUCAAAUCUCGCCGUAUUCUCGUUCGGAUCCAUCACGAGAUCAUGGCGGCGGUGGCGGUGGAGGUAAUCACAACAGACACAACAACAACAACAGACGAUCUGAGCAAAGAAACAGGCACAGAUAACAAAUGCUAUUAAUAAGGAAUCUUUUGUACAAAUCUACUAAUAUCCAUUCGUGCAUUAUCGAAGUCAUCUUCCUUGCGAUAUAAGUUCGUUUAACAAAUCCGCGAAGCAAUAAAAAAAAAAAACCUUUAUAAAUCCUGUUUAUGUACAUAAUUCAUGAAUUCGAAAAUAAAAUAAUGUACCUUCUGAAUAUAUUUCUAAAGAUUA